AUGCUCAUGCUCGCCGGUCGCCGUGCGGCCGCUGCCUCUUUGCGCAAAGGCUCCACGUCUCGUGCCAGCGGCGCCGCCCUUCCAGCUCGGCUCGCUACUGCGGGUGCUGCAGUGUCUCAGCGAGGCAUCCUCACUCAGGUUUCCUUGUCUUCAGGCAGCAAAUCCUGCUCGUGGAGCUUCCGGCUCGCAUCCCACGCAUUCAGCAGCUCCAUCGCAGCGCGAGGGCAAGGCGAGUCGGACGCUGAGCUAUCCGCGUCGCUGGUCGAAGAGAUCAAGUACGAGAAAGACGAAUCUUCAUCGACUGCCGCUACAUCAGGCGAUGAGCCGGAAUUCUUGACCGCCUUCAAGAAUGAAGGCGUCUGGAAAGUCGAGGAGAAGACUGGCGGAGAUGAAAUUGCCUUGACGAGGGAAUUCGGAAAUGAGCACAUCCGCGUGCUCUUCUCCAUCGGAGACUUGGACAGCAGUGCUUCCGUCAGUGGCAUGGGCGAGGAGGGCGAGUCUGGUGUUGAGGGCAGCGAAGAGUCAGAGGAAGCCGGGUUCCCGGUUCGAGUCGCCAUCACUAUCUCGAAGCCGAACCAGGGUGCGCUAAACAUUGAUGCGCAAGCCCAAGACGGCGAGUUCAUCGUGGAAGCCAUCUCAUUCUAUUCGGACGCCAAGCUCGCCUCGGAGCUGACCGUCGAAGCGGACUGGCAGCGCCGGGGUCUCUACGUCGGCCCGCAGUUCGAGACGCUCGACGAGAAGGUCCAAGAGCAGUUUUACGCUUUCCUUGAGGAGCGCGGCAUCGCUGCCAACCUCGCGCUUUUCAUCCCGGAGCUGGCUGAGUGGAAGGAGCAGCGCGAAUACUGCAGGUGGCUCGAGAACGUCAAGAACUUCGUCGAUGCAUAG